AUGCACAGCGUCAGCUUGGCUGGACUUUGCGCUGAGCUCUCACGAAUACAGGUGGACUUGCUCCAGCGACGGGGCGCCCCGCUUCUUUUGGCUCACGAAGGCAUCCAACUGCUGCGGGAGCAGCUGCCUGCGAUCGAGUUGCCGUCCUGCGUUAACUCGCAGAUUUCCAUGUUGGUACCGAAGCUGCUGCGGUCGUGUGCGACAGUGCUGCGCUUUGCACCGGACGAGGACGUGCUGCCGGCAUUGGACGCGCUGGACUUUUGCGCGGCCCUCACGGCAAAGUACGCCGAUGGCGGCCACCUUGGCGGUUGCAUCAACCUCAACGAGCUCUGCUCGCUUCUUCGCUCCACCAGUGCGCUGGACGACUGCCAGGCCCGCCUACUAGAGUUGACAGGGCUUCCAUCGCACUCGGAUGUCGGCGCGUCACUGGCGUCAAGGUCGUCAACGGCCGCGGCUCCGACAGCGCCAGUGCGCAAAUUCGACUCGUUUCUCUUGUCAGUAUAUCAUCAUGCCAUGCAGUUGUGGUCUCUGGAGCAGGAAAGGCCAACGACGCUAAGUGUGCUCUCACUCCUCGAGACGACCAGCCGGAUCUACGGUAAGGGGUUUCACUUCCCCGCUGUCGGCGCAGACAAGAACAGCCUGCUACCCGCGAAGGCGAAGGUCCGAAUGGAAGCCAAGAUGCAGCGCUGCGUCGGUGCGCGCGGCCUUUUGACAUCUCUGCGCAAGCUCGAGCUGAAUCGCACAGAUGCUGGCAUGUGCCUCGCAACGAUGGCGCAGACGGGGCUGUACGACGCGGAGGUGUGCAAUCGUAGCUGUGACAUCCUCUUCUCCCAGCAUGCAAUCCUGUCCAGUCAGCAGCUAUGUCAGGUCAUCUUUUAUCUGGGCACACUGCAGCACCGCCACAUUCAUCAGAAGUUCUUCUCGAGUCUGAUCGAAGCCGAGAAGUGCAACGCGGAGGCGGUGCGGCAGCACGUUCUCGGCCUCGCCAUGCUGCGGCAGCCACCCCCGAGCGAGGCGAGAAUCAUGAAUAGCGUCUUCCUGCACGCACUGCGCGCCCCCCACGCGCACCAAAAGCAAUGGCGCAGCCCCCAAGGCUCCUCAUCCCCCUCUCAGUCGUUGGAGGAAUCAGGAAGAUGUGAUGGAAAGCGGCAGCACGCAUUGUCGCCUCGCGCGCACCGAGCUCUUUCCGACCCUUUGAACGACAGUGGAUACACCCUUCCGCCGCAGUGGUAUAUCGAUGUGGGCCACGGCCUUGCGUGCCUUGGCAUCCAGCACCCCAAGUACAAACUCAUGACAGCGCGGCAGACCCGCCGCAGCAUUGGCCGCCUCACGACAGCGGAACGGUGCAAACUUCUUUACGCCCUGGGCGGCGUGCCGGCGGAUCAAGUGCCGCUGGAGCUCCGUCAUAAGUGGCAAGCCAAGGUCGAGCGAACAAUCUCCAUCGCAGCGGAAAAGCUCAAGGAUAUGGAGCCGCACGAGGGUCCCUACGUCAUGAACGCGCUGCUGUACUGUGGUAUUCAGGACCACCCGCGCAUACCCCGCGCGCCGCAGCUGGAGUCAGACGAGAAUCCUGUGGAGGUGUUGUUGCGCACGUGGUCGACAGUACCGAAGGAGCGGGUGCUGGAGCUGACGGAGCAGAUCAAACCACAGCACCUCCGCACUACAGUCCCGAAUGCUCCCUCCGCGUUGACCGAGGUGUUGACCCGCGUGGCGGCGACGUUUGGAGCGGCGUCGCGGGAGGAGUCGCACCGGUUGGAGCCGCUCUGCGCCGCUGUCGAGGCGCACAGCGUGGACAUGACUGCGGACGACUUGAUGCGGACGCUGAAGGCCCUUCUGCAGAUGGGCCGCACAGGCCCGUGCCAGCACGACGCCAUCCGCCAGCUCCUUGCCAACCUGUGGGAACGGCGAUACGACAUGCAAGCGGAGCAGCUGGUCCAGUGUUGCGAGUGUCUGCAACCCUGCACCGACCUGCCAGAAGCCAUGCGACUACUGCAGUUUGCCGCGUCCCAUUAA